AUAGAGAGAGGAGCUUGCUUUCAGUGUUUGUAGCAACAUCAGCGAUGGCGAUGGCGGGGCCCGUGACGGGUGAAGAAGUGAUCAGCGCGCCUCCUGCGUCUUCUUCACUCGCCCGAUCUCGUCUCGUCCCGGCUGCGUGCGGGUUGCUUGUCCUCGAUGCGCUUCUCACGGCAGUCAUCAUCGCUCGCGUUCCUUACACGAAGAUUGAUUGGGAUGCCUACAUGUCACAGGUAACAGGAUUCCUGGCCGGUGAAAGAAAUUAUGCUGAGCUUCAUGGCGACACAGGGCCAUUAGUGUACCCUGCAGGUUUCUUGUAUAUAUAUGCAGCCAUCAAGCGUAUCACUGGUGGUGCCGUCUUUCCAGCACAGAUAGUUUUUGGGGUGCUAUAUGUCGUAAACCUCGGCCUUGUUCUUUGGAUCUAUAUCAGGGUUCAAGUGGUACCAUGGUGGGCACUCUCAUUGCUCUGUCUCUCAAAGAGAGUUCAUUCAAUAUUUGUUCUCCGCCUCUUCAACGACUGUGUUGCCACUACUUUAACACAUGCAUCUAUAGCACUCAUGCUACAGCAACAUUGGCACCUUGCUCUCUCAGUUUUCAGUGCUGCGGUGUCCGUGAAAAUGAAUGUGUUGCUAUUUGCACCGCCUUUGCUGCUCCUGUUGUUGAAGAGCCUUACUAUUCCAGGUGUGUUGACAUCACUUGCAUGUGCCGCAUUAUUUCAGGUCUUAGUGGGCAUGCCUUUCCUCCUAACAUACCCCGUUGAAUAUCUCUCUAGAGCUUUCAACCUUGGUCGAGUCUUCAUCCACUUCUGGUCAGUGAACUUCAAGUUUUUUCCAGAGGACGUUUUUAUUUCCAAACCAUUUGCGCUGUCGCUCUUGAUACUUCAUCUCGCCUUUCUGUACUUAUUUGCUCAAUACAAGUGGUGUAGACAUGAGGGAGGUGUUUUACAAGCGUCUGGCCUUAAAGAAGUGAAGGAACAUAACAGGGAGUCAGGCAUCACUAUUUUUAAGAGGUUUUUCAGGAUUUCAAGGCCGCUUUCAGACAACCAUAUCGUCACUGUACUCUUCAGUGGGAAUUUCAUCGGCAUUGUCUUUGCACGGUCAUUGCAUUACCAGUUCUACUCAUGGUAUUUCUUUAGUAUACCAUUUUUGCUAUGGAAAACAAAAUUUCCCACUCCUUUCCGACUGGCAAUAUUUGUUGGGGUGGAAUUCUGCUGGAACGUGUAUCCGUCAACACCGUUGUCAUCAGUAGUGUUAUGUUUAUGUCAUAUCACUCUUCUCACAGGCCUUUGGUUUUCUUCAUCUGAAUAUCCAUACGAAAACAUUAAGAAGGAAAUCAAAAAGGUUGAAUAGACAUUCUAUUGUCCGCGCGACAGUUCCAAAAUUUGCCAGGAAGAAGCACCCCAUGAGCUCGCACCGCGAUGAAAGUAGCUCAGGGACAUCAGAGUUAUCCGCAACAGGACGAGGCCUUUCCCUGGUUCCAAGUCCAAGUCCAAGUCCCAGCCCUUCUAUCAGAGAAUUUGUGAAACUUAAAAUCCAAGGAAAGUUGAAGUUCACUGGAGUUGAGGAAUGUGGACUAUGAAUCCACAAAUUGGUACCAAGCGCAGUGCAGCUGCCAUCGCCAUCCAGAGACAACCCAUAUGAAGGCCAAUUUUGCUCACUGACUCAUGGGAUCAGACCCAACCCACAGCUCAAGUUCCUGCCCUGCCCCGCCCCGCCAUAGACGCCAGGGCAAUGAGGAAUUUAGUCCAAUAAAAUAAAAUAAAAUAACUCAUGGUCCAUUUCUGAUUUCAGCAAUUGCCUAGGCCGCUUCUACAAGUUCAAUUAAAUUUUCCAUUAUUUGAUAGUUGGCUGGAUGUUGGUGUGUAACUAGAUAUAUUCAUGGUUGCAUGUUUUCAAUUUGCAGAAAUAUUUGUAAUUUUGAUUGAUAAUUUUCUUUUCAGCA